AUGCAAUUCACGCAUGCGCCCUCUCCAGGUCAAGCUUUCGAAGUCGACAUAGCUGAAUACAUUUCCCUCAGAACUCUCUUUGAAUCUCCGCAUAUACCUAAAGUCGUCUUCGAUGUCCGCGAUAUUUCGCAUUUUCUGUACACUGAAUGUCACAUUUCGUUGGCCGGAGCCAAGGAUCUUCAACUUAUGGAACUAGCUGUGCGCGACGUGGGUAAAGACAACUUGGGAGAUCUAGCCAAAUGCGUUGAGCUGCAUAGUCUUAUUUCCUCUACCCUAAAAAAGGAAUGGGAAGCCAAGCGAGUAGCUCUACUAACAAUUGAAAGCCAGCCAUGCGAGCAACGUCCUAUGAGACAAGAUACCAUGCAAUAUUACGCUGGAGAAGUAAAUAUGCUUCCUGGAAUAUACAGAGUUCUUUGCACGAAACUUCGUCCAGAGAAACUGUCGUUUUGGAGAAAUGAGAUAGAAACUGCGACGAAGAAUCGAAUCGAAGCAUCGCAAAGUCCUUUUUAG